UCACUAAUUUUUAUCAAGGUCAUUCACCUCUAUGAUCUUUCAUCUCAAUUUGGUGUUUGCUUCCAUUGUUUAUUUUGGUAAAUGUUGCUAAAGUCUACGGAUUAAAAUAAAGAGAGUUCUUUUCAAACUUAAUAUUAUAAAAAAAUUAUAGUUUUUCUAUGUGUGAUUUCUACUUAUAAUGUAGCAAUUCCAAAUUAUAACUGACAUAGUUACCUACCGAGUAUCAUCUUUCAUAUAAGAAUGCCGAAAAUACCUUAUAAACCCGAUAACGCGGAUGACAACGAAGAAGAUUACGAGAUUGUGUCUUUUGAGGAUUUCUGUGACAAGUCCCCCGGUUCUAAAACGGAUUUAUUGACGUUAAAUGAUAAUAUCAACUAUCGCCUGUGUUAUGAAAGUGAUAAAGGUUCAAAAUUUAUUGAAAACGAAGGCGAAGGGUCGAGUAGGGAUGCUGAGAGACUAUCAGAGACUUCCCUAAAUGGUCCGAAAAGUGUCACUUUCAAGAGGAAGCUUUCAAAUUCAUUUGCGCCUUUUGGUAGGUCGAAUAAUGCGAAGACUGGCAGACCGCCACUUUUUAGUGGAGUCAUUCCCAAGCCUAGGAAUGAAGGAGAGUCCACAUCAAGGGAGCAUAGAUAUCAGCGGUUUUCCGAGAACCGCAACAUCUUCCAGCGUUCUUGGGAACACCUUCCUUCCAUGGGGUCCGGAGUGCUAGGGCUGGCACUUCUCUGUGCCCUUUGCGUGGCGGCAUGGUGGGCGGCCACGGGAGUCAUGGGAGGUUCUUGGGGCGAGGAACAUUACAGGAAAUUAUGGGAACGCGCUCAUCCCGAUAUGAUUGAUGUGAAGAAGCCCACUGCGCCGCUUACGUACGAAAAGAUACUACCCGAAUACCGUUACCACGACCACAACAACUUGAGCACAAAGAACAAGAACAACACGGAACAGAAGAAGAAGGAGCUGAACAAGAAGAGUUUUCAGGACGAAGAUGUCGACGCCAAGAAGGAAAUCUGUGCGAGGGUCGAGGAGAACAGGCGGUUUGAUUGCUACCCGCAGGGCGCGGCCAAUGAGGCUGAUUGUGUUGAAAGAGGAUGCUGUUGGAAUCCAUCGACAACAAAGCAAAAGGACAACAUUCCAUACUGCUUCUACCCGCCCAAGUACGGCAGUUACCGCUUCCUGAACAUGACAGAGAGCAACCGUUUGAUACAAGUGUAUUACGAGAGAGACAGGCCGUCCGGAUAUCCGGAUGACUUCGACGUCGCCGUUAUGCAGGUCAAGAUGAUGUCCGAUGACACUGUCAGGGUCACUAUAUACGACGGCAAGCACCAAAGAUUCGAACCCCCAUACCCCGAUGUAGCCUAUGUGGGCUCCAAGCUGCAGAAACCUCAGUACCAUGUCAAAAUACCAGAGGAUGGUUCAGCUAUUGGAUUGAAGAUUGUGCGGAACAGCGACAAUGUUACUAUUUUCGACACAGAAGACGUCGGCGGUCUCAUCCUAUCGGAUAAGUUUCUGCAGCUGUCAGCCAUCAUACCGACCGACCACAUUUACGGUCUGGGCGAGCGACGCGGAAGGUUCAUGCUGGACAUGAACUGGAACACUAUAGGGCUGUGGAAUAGGGACCGGCCUCCUGUGGAGAAUGCGAAUUUAUAUGGAACGCAUCCUUUUUACAUGGCGGUUGAGAACGAUGGGAAGACAACCGGAGUGUUAUUCCAGAACGCAAAUGCUAUGGACAUAGUGCUGCAGCCGACGCCGGCGAUAACGUACCGCACCACCGGCGGCAUCCUGGACUUGUACAUGUUCACGGGCCCGUCCCCGGCCGAGGUCAUGCGGCAGUUCACGGCGGUGGUGGGGCGGCCCGCGCUUCCCCCCUACUGGGCGCUCGGCUUCCACUUGUGCAGAUUCAAUUAUCCAACGUUGGAAAAAACUCGCGAAGUCUGGCUGAACAACAGGAACGCUGGUAUACCAUUUGACGUGCAAUGGAACGACAUAGACUACAUGCAGAAUAGAAACGACUUCACCUACGACCAAGUGAGAUAUAAAGGCUUGCCAGACUUCGUCAAGGAGUUACAUGACGCUGGAAUGCAUUAUGUCAUGAUCGUUGACCCAGGAAUCAGCGCUUCAGAAAAGCCCGGAACGUAUCCCCCUUACGAUCGGGGAUUGGAAAUGAACGUGUUCACACUGAACGACACCGGCCUGCCUUUUGUCGGCAAGGUGUGGAACAGGGAAACGACUGUGUUCCCCGACUUCACACACCCAAACGUGACUUCUUACUGGGUGGAGAUGUUGCAGGCCUUCUAUAGUCAGGUCAAAUACGACGGCGUUUGGAUCGACAUGAACGAGCCGUCAAACAUGGUUGAUGGCGCUUUAGUCGGCUCAUGCAAACCCGAAGACCUACCGUACAUGCCGCAUUUGGGAGGAGAUCAACAACUCAAGACAAAAACUCUUUGUAUGGACGCGCAACACUACGCGGGCUCGCAUUUCGACUGGCACAAUUUGUAUGGCAUUGCUGAAGCCAUGGUCACUAAUUUCGCGUUGAAGGAGAUCCGCGGCAGGCGGCCGUUCGUGCUGUCCCGCUCGUCGUUCACGGGCGCCGGCGCGUACGCGGGCCACUGGAGCGGCGACGUGGCCAGCACGUGGCGCGACAUGCGCAUGUCCGUGCCGGAACUCCUGAACUUCGCGAUCUUCGGCAUUCCUCUAAUGGGUGCUGACAUCUGCGGUUUCCGCGGCGACGCCACCCCCGCGCUGUGCAAACGCUGGAUGCAGCUGGGCGCUUUCUAUCCCUUCGCCAGGAACCACAACUCCGAUUCUUCUAAGCCUCAGGAUCCAGUGAGCAUGGGCCCGGAAGUGGUGGCGGCGAGCGUAUCGUCGCUGCGCCUGCGCUACCGCAUCCUGCCGUACUACUACACGAUGUUCCACCUGGCGUACGUCACCGGGCACGCGGUGGUCAGGCCGCUGUUUUACGAGUACCCCGACAACGUGGCGGUUCACCCCAUCGACACGCAAUUCCUUAUCGGCCCCUACGUCAUGGUCACCCCCAUAUUAGAGGAGGGGGCCGACACAACGCACGCCUACUACCCGGGCCCUCACACGUGGUACAAUAUCCGUGAUGGGACCAUGUUGGGGUCUAACGAGACUAAGGAAGUGGGGGAGGAUGCAACUGUCGCUAUAAGAAGCGGCGCCAUAAUAGUCUGCCAAGAGCCCCCCCCACACGGGCCGGUGACCACCAGCAACUGCCGCAGCCGGCCGCUGCAGCUGCUGGCUGCGCCCGCGCCGGGCUCCGGGCCAGCCGCCGGCGACCUCUACUGGGACGACGGGGAUAGCAUUCGGUCGUACGACGAAGACAGCUACGCCUCCAUCUCUUUCCGUAUCGAAGGCACCACCCUCACCGGUGUUCCCAAAUGGUGGGGGUACGGCGUUCCCCCACUCAGCAACAUCACAAUCUUCGCACAACCACCAAUCAGCGGCGUUUCUUUGAACCGAGAACCAUGCAAGAAGGGAAAGAAAUCCAAAUGCGAUUUCACGUACAACGCUCAAACUAAAGUCUUGGAAGUGUACGGAAUGAACUUGUUGAUGAAUAAAGUGUUUCAAGUGGAUUGGACAUAUAAGAAAUAAAGUGGUUAUGUGUUCCAUGUUCAAAGUUUUGUGGGGAUCUGAAGAAUUAUUGUGCAAUCAUUGUUGAAUUUAAAGUAACUGAUUUUAACAGUUGUGUUGCAUUGUACUAUUUAUAAAUAGAACAAGUGUUAAAUAAACGUCCCAAGAUAAAAUAAGGUAACGUUACGCGCGCGUUCUAUAACUGUAUUAUUUAUAAAUAGAAUUAAAUGUAGCCCAAGAUGAGCAGAAAGGAACUUUUUAAUGAGAAAAAUAUCAAAUAUCAAAAUAAAUAACACCCUUUUUUCCAUGAGAAUUUCCAGUAAUCCUAAGCGACAAUCUGUGUGUCAUAUUUCAAUAAGAUCCGUUCAGUGGUUUUGGCUGUGUAUUGAUUAAUAUAAGUGUUUCUAGUUACCUUUAUAUACAGAAGUCAAUAAGUGGUCAAAUUAUAACUAAAUAUACCUUAUUGAGAGCCACAGCCAUCUUUGUAUCGCUCGCAGAUAGAUAUUCACGAAAUAACUGGGAGCGAUACAUGAAAACGCAGAGUCCAUUGUAUAACUGAUUAAAUUAUUAUUUGUUUGCCCUAAAUAUACAAAAGAUACUUUAUUAAGAGCGCCCAAACAUAAUAAUAAUUAUAUCAUGUUUUCUCAAUGAUAUUACCAGUUUUUAGAGGGGCGUAAAAUAUAUAUGUCUAUACGUGUUAUGACUAUGGUACAUAAUUGAACAAAAAUACUAUCUGCACAAUCAAGCACAUUGAUUAAGGCGUUUUUGAGAGUUGACAUGACUUCUAAAUCAUUGAUAUUGUUAAUUCAAGUAAUAAAAUUAAAUACUAUAAAAUAUUGUUACACAGUGAAAUUGAUCAAGCACUAUUGUAUUAAGAGUUACGUUUAUUGAGAUAACGCAUUUAAGCGCAUAAGUCAAGGGUAUUAUGGUAAAGGGGGAUAAGCAAGGAUUGGAGUUAUUCAAAUAUAUU